AUGACUGAAAUUACACUUGAAUUCCUACAGGACCUCAUUAAGGAUGAUUAUCCUGAUGUAACAUUGCAGAGUUUUGAGGGGGCCCCAGGGUCCAAAAGGGGAGACAACUACACUUCAAUGCUUUACCGAAUAUCUUUAAAAGGAGUUCGCAAACACACAGAACCCGACGGCUCCAGCGAAAAAAACGAGUCCUGGAACAGCUCUAUUAUUUACAAACGUUUACCAGAAAGCAUACUAAUGAAAGAAGCUUUUAAAAGCGACGAAUUGUUCUGCAACGAAGUAGGGUUUUACAACAAAAUUUGGCCGGCACUAUCCUGCUUCCAAUUGUCGUGGAGGAAAUUAAAAAAUCCAUUCAAAUCUAUACCUAAAUGUUAUUUAGCUAAGAGUGAUUUGGUUAUUCUCAAGGAUUUGAAGCAACACGAGUUUGUAAUGCCUGAUAGAAGGCAAGGUUUGAGCAUAGAGCAAUGUUAUUUUGUUUUAAAACAUCUGUCGCAGUUCCACGCCUUGUCUUUGGCUAUGAAAUAUCAUAAUCCGGAGGUUUUUUAUGAGCUGUUGAAUGACAAGGAUGGAAUAUCGGAGGUAUUUUUCGUAUCAGAAAACGAAGAAUAUUACAAAAAUUACUACCAUGAGGCUGGACAGAACGCUAUAGCCAUGGUGGAGGAGGAGCUGAAGAACUCCGAGGACAAGGAGCUGUACCUGAACAAGCUACGACAGUUCUGCAGCGAGGACACCUUCUUCCAGAGGAUGGUGGAACUCGUCACACCCAGAGAGCCGAUAGCAGUGAUUUGUCAUGGCGACUGCUGGACCAACAACUUUCUGUUUCGAUAUGUUGAUGGAGACAUUGCUGAGAUGUACCUUGUAGAUUUCCAACUGGUUCGCUACGCUUCCCCAGCGCUGGACCUGGCGUACCUUAUGUACCUGUGUCUGGACCACCAGCAGAGGUCUGAACACCUGCCCUCCCUGCUGGAGUAUUACGUGGAUGAACUGCACAGAAGGCUGGUCGAGAUGAGCGAUGACGACUCCAUAUUCAACACCAGUUUGAAUCGCGACGCGUUGUAUGAAAUGUUAGAGGACGAGUUCAAACGCAGCAGCCAUUUCGGCCUCGGGAUGGCGUUGGACAUGUACCCCAUUAUGACGUGUGACAGUGACGAAGCUCCUAAUCUUUAUCAAGCUAAGGAAAGCGAAGUGGUAGCCUCCAAUGACUGCGUGAGUUUCCAACCAGUACCGGUAUGGACUUCCAACGAGGCCUGCCGGCGAAAGAUGACUGAACUUAUAAAAGAAAUCGUGGAUGGAGGACUCUUAUAGAAUAUACAUGUUACCAUAUAUAAGAUUGACGAAUUUCUUAGCAUUAUUUAAAUUAUUAACCGGGUCUUAACACGAAAAAUUUUAUGGCAAAUAAAGGUAUUUACCUCUCUCGACGUUUCGACUAGGUUGCACUAGCCGUGGUCACGAGCUGACUGGAGUAACAGCGAUGUCGAUGUAGAUAGGUGACAGCAGUUUUUUCUUCAUCUACCGUCACUAGAUUGUUCAAUGAAAGUUCGCGACACACAGCACUCACGGUAUCCGUACACUUAUUGACUAUUGAUGCUACUGAACUUUGCUUGAAUUUAUUUAUGACUGGAUUCCACGCAGAUGAUAAUUUUAAGCCAUCCUCUCUGUUGAAAUUGGGAUGUUUUUUAAUUUCAAUCGCCUACCGGACCAUUCGUGGGUAAUAGUGGCGAUCAGUAGAGAGGACCUUAGGCGCAUGUAGUUGAUGAAACGUCGAGAGAGGUAAAUACCUUUAUUUGCCAUAAAAUUAUUCGUGUUAAGACCCGGUUAAUAAUUUAAAUAAUGUAUAUUAAACACGAAAGUUUAGAAUUUCUUAGAAUC